GGGUUCAUGUGGUUUAUUUUCAGGAAUCUCUAAAGGUUUUGUUCCAAAGACGUUGAAUAUGGAACCAGAAAAUAAUCUUGAUGUUGAUAAAGCAUUAAAACAAGUACAAGAAAAUGACCCUGAACUCACCAGUCUCAACAUGAAUAACAUUAAGAACAUACCUAUACCUACACUAAUAUCAUUGUCAGAAGCUCUACAUAAGAACACACACCUAAAGACGCUGAGUAUGGCAAGCACAGAUCUAACUGAUAGAAUUGCAAAAGCACUUGGAGAAGCAAUUGAAGCAAAUACAGCAUUGACAUGUCUCAAUUUGGAAUCCAAUUUUAUCACUGGAACUGGAAUUCAGGCCAUUAUGAAGGCAUUGCUUAAUAAUGAAACACUUUCUGAACUCAGAAUUGCCAACCAG